AUGUCGUCCUCUCUCCUCCGUGAGAGGAUUGAUGCAAAGUUUCUGAGGCAUAUUGGGCUUGCUCCUCUUUUAAAAAUACAGGCCCAACUUCUUGGCCCAGCGAUAGCCAUAGAACAUGGCAGGAAUUCCGUCUCUUAUGAGGAGUUGCACCUCAAAGCCCUCCACCUCGCACAGCUGAUCCGACUGGAAGCACCGGAGCCAGGAACUCCAAUUGCAAUCGCCAUCCCCCGAGGAGUCAACCAUAUAUUGGCGCAAAUUGCCAUUAUCUAUGCCGGCGGGACCUGCGUCCCCUUGGACACAAAGCAACCGGAUAUAUUCCUCCAGAAGCUUCUCAAACACCUGGAUAUCAAGCUGACUUUAGUGGACAUCAAAAAUUGUAGUCGAUCUCUAGAGGUCAACAAUAUCCUUGUGGACCAUACGCUGGACCCUGAAAUAUCUGAGGAUUUUGAAGUCUCCUCCAAUGGGCCAUCAAGCUGUUCACAUAUCCUCCACACCUCAGGUACAACGGGGGAUCCCAAAGCCGCCCAGAUUCUAGCUGGCGGAAUCAUCAACUUGGCAUUUGAUUCCACCUUGCCAUUUCAAGAGGGCGAACGCUUUGCUCAUAUCGGCAAUAUCGUCUUCGAUAUCACCCUUUUCGAAAUCUGGGUAUGCUUGUUGAGAGGUGGGACGGUGGUGGUCUAUCCACAUAAGAUAGUUAUAGACCCCGUUCUCUUUUCACAGAGCCUCCGGGAGGACCGAAUUGAGAUCGUGUUUAUUACCACUGCGUUGCUAAACACAAUUAUCAACACCUGCCCGGGGGCAUUUUCCACCAUCCACACUCUAAUGACCGGUGGCGAGAUGAUCAACGUGUCGGUGAUCCGGAAGAUAUUCAAACACGGCCCUCCGGAGCGAGUAGUCAACAUCUAUGGGCCGACAGAGUGUACCGUGUUUGUCAUCUCGCAUGUGAUCACUAUAGCAGAUAUUCACAACGGCCACAUUCCACUCGGGAAGCCAAUCGAUAAUUGUCAGUUCUUCCUUGUCGACGAAGAUCUCAGUCCAGUUCCGACGGGCAGCGAAGGCGAACUGGUAAUAGCCGGUGCAGCAGUUGGUGGAGGGUAUUGUAGGAAUCCACUGGCCAACGCCAAAUCGUUUAUAAAUCCUCCACAUCUUCCAUUGAAAAAUCUCGCGAAGGGAUUUCCGCGUCAUGCCUACAGGACAGGCGAUAUCGUAUGUGUCGAUGAGUCUGGUUUGUACAAUUUUGUCGGCCGCCGCGAUCGUCAAGUCAAGAUCCGGGGUCAUCGCGUCGAGCUAGAGGGUCUCGAAAAUAUUAUCCUGGGCACGAAUCUCGCCUCCGCCGCAGCAGUUGUCAAGGUCGAGCCCGAAGAUGCCGACACGGGCUCAGUCCUGGUUGCCUAUGUUGUACCGGAGAGCAGUGGUAUCGACCGGGAAACCGUAGCACAAGCAUUCUUCAACUGCGCUCCUCACCUUCCAGCACCUCGUGUUGAGUUUCUCGCGGAGCUUCCAUUAGGAAGGACAGGAAAGUACGACCGAAAGAAGCUUGAGCAGCUGUAUAUGGAAACGAUUAAAGUCAGGCGUGAGAGUCAAGUGCACUCAAGCGGAAAGGCUGACUCCGUGAAAACAUGUCUGGAGAAGCUCUGGCUCGAGAUACUGGGGUAUCCAUUAGACCGCCUGAAUUCCUCCGAUGACUUCUUCCAUCAGGGCGGAACCUCACUGCAAGUCGCAUAUAUGAUCGGCCGAAUUCGAGCUUUGCUAGGAAUUGAGCUGCGAUCUGGGGCCCUAUACGAGAAUUCUACACUUGGUCAGCUUGUACAGCUGGUGCAAAAGCUCAAGGAUGGAGCAGUUUUGCCAAACGUAGCAGAGGAAAAAAGCAACCUAGCUCGUGAUUCGUUGCUGGGCCAAGACAUACAGCCCAGUCUCAAACCGACUAUCGACUGGAUGGACGCUUCAGAAGGCCGAGUAUUCCUCACCGGAGCCACGGGAUUUGUCGGUGCCUUCCUUCUCGCAAAACUCCUAUCUACACCGCAGGUCACUCAAGUCGCAUGUCUAGUUCGCGCCCAGGACGCGCACGCAGCUCAGCUACGCAUCAAGAAAACAUUAGACAAGUACAAACUACGUGGUUUUCAGGAGAGCAAAAUCAUCGCCAUCCCCGGCGACCUGUCACUCCCACACCUCGGCCUUCCGCAAGAACAGUACGAUCACUAUGCAACCUGGUCGAGUGUGGUGUUCCAUUUAGGGGCACUGAUCAGUUACAUCCAGCCGUACUCCUGCCAUCGAGCAUCCAAUGUUCUGGGAACAUUAGAGCUGUUAAGAUUUGCCAAUCACUCCCGACCAAAACGGCUGGUCUACUCCUCCAGCAUCGCCGCGUAUGGCCCGACAGGAUUCGUCCAAGGAACCAAAACCGUCUCGGAGGAUGAGCGACCACUGGGCCACAUCGCGGCUCUACAGUAUGACACGGGAUAUUCGCAAAGCCAAUUCGUGGCGGAAAACGUGGUCUGGAAUGCCAUCCGCAACGGUUCGCCAGCGAUCAUCAUCCGUCUCGGGUAUGUUCUAGGCCACAGUCAGACGGGCAGAGGGAACCCGAGUGACUUUGUCGGUUGUCUCAUGUCAUCUUGUCUUCAGCUGGGUUAUUAUCCCAUUGUAUCGGGACAGCGUAAAGCGUUUGCCUCAGUGGAUUUCGUGGUGGAUGCGAUGCUGAGAAUCGCUGCCUCCGAACAGAAUGUGGGCCAUGCUUAUAAUUUGAUACAGCCAGAAUCCAUAGAUCUUCAGGAAGCUUUUGGCCUGAUCAGUGGACAGUGCUCUCACCCGCUGCAAGGUAUCCCAUUUCCUCGCUGGCUGGAAAUGUGUGUCUCUGAUGCGACGAACCCGCUGCAUCCCUUUCUUCCGCUAUUCCAGGAGGAGAUAUGGGGUGUCCAUACCCGUUGGGGAGUUCAAGAAAAUGCCCCUCGCUUUGAGAUCAACAACACUCUCCGGGCUCUUCAAGAUAGCCCAGAGCUGCUUGCGUGGACGUCAGCCCGGGACCUGUUUCAGAGGUACAUUCCAGAGUGGUCUUCAACUUCAAGCGAUCUUUGA